CUCAUGACAACAAAACCUUGCGGUCUGUCAUGCAGGAUAUGCACAAUGACAGCACCAUGGAGUUUAUGCUGGUCUUUUCAUCUUCUGCUUCUCCUUCUAGCUCUGAAGAUACACUCCGCUCAUUCGGCUCCAGAUUUCUCGCCUGGUGCAACUCAUGAGGCGAGACCAGAAUCAGUGUGAAGAGGCUGCUGAACAGGUCCUGAACUUGGAUCUGCACAGAAUAGGACUAGAUACUCCCACAGCGAUAAAUAAACUACAUAUAUCUUCACACCAUUCUGAAGAACCAUACUGCUCAUGCGUGUGAAGGAAGCAUGCUCAUCAUUGAGUGUCCCUCCAGGACGUCUGUGGCAGUCCUAUCAGCUUUCUAUGGACGGCGUGUUCCUAAUCAGCAUUUAUGUCCCUCCACAAACACAAACACAACUGUGGAAGAGGACACAGAAUGCUCUUCACCAAUUGCUACUGAGAAAGUGCUGUCAGAGUGUCAGGAUCGGCGUUCCUGUCACAUCCCUGUCUUCAGUCCAGUAUUUGGGCAGGACCCCUGUCCACUCACCAGCAAAUACCUCCUAGUCUUCUACAAGUGUAGACCAGAACACCACCGCACAAGACUGGUGUGUGAAAAUGAGCGUCUGCGGCUGAUGUGUAAAAAUGAGACUGUCCUCGCCAUCUACUCGGCCACGUUUGGACACCUUCUGCACGGCAGUCCUCACUGUCCUCAAGAACCUGGAUCACAUACUGACAUGGAGUGUUUGUCACCUUUGGCUCUGAGGAAGGUGUCACGCAGGUGUCAUGGCAGAGCGAACUGUUCAGUCAUGGCCGAUACUCAAACCUUUGGGGACCCCUGUUUCCCCGGCACCAGGAAACACCUGCGGGUGUCCUUCACUUGUGUUCCCCGGUAUCUUCUGGAAGAUGUGGGUCGAGGAUCAACAGAUCCUUUCAUGAUUUCAGACUACACACAUGGUCUGCCAGAGAAAGUGGCUCUUUACUUUGUCUCUGGCAUCUGUGCUGGUCUGGUUUUCCUGCUCUGCCUGUUUGGUCUACGCUCCACACUAGUGAGAGAUGUUAAAGAGCUGGUUUCUGAGCUUAACGAUGAGCUGAAAGCAUCUCACAGACAGAGCAAAGAGCUCAUGGAGGACCUCUACGAUGAGGAGAUCUCAGACACGUCGUCCUUCUGUCGACUCACACAAUCCUAUCGCACAGCGGACAUCUUCAGUCCCUCCACGCUGACAGUAGAGAUGGUUGAUCGCGGGGGGGACCAGACGAGGGACCAACCCAACGGAGACAUCUGGCCACACCGAGACUCCAGCCCUUACGCCAUUCACAAGAUUAAAACCUACAACAACUGACGGAUGUCAUGUACAAGUGAAGCUACUUUUACAGCAUGCUUUGCUAUAAAAUUUAAGCUGUAGACUAACAUAAUACACAGAUUUUUGUUUUACUUUUAAAUGAACUUAACUGUGCCUCCUUAUCUGUGUUCUUUCAUUCAUGAAAUGUCAUAAAAGAUUAUGAGUCAAACACAUGAAUUCCUAACAUAUUAGUUGGUUAAUUAUUAUUAGGAUUAAUUUUAAUUUUUGCCUCAACUUGGUUGUUGGAUGUCAUGUGAAAAUCUUGAGACCAGUAUAAACACUCAGUGUCCUGAGUGUGUAUGUACUGUAGGUCUAAAAGAAAAUGAAAAAAUUAAGCCAUUGGCAAAAUAUGCUCUGCAGAGAAAAUGAACUGAUUUAGACAUGUGUAAUUAAGUAGGGUGGCCCAAAGGCUGGAGAGGUGGAUCUGUGAAUGGGAGGUCCCCUUGGAGGUGGCCAAACCCUGGUUUGGUAAUCGCUGGACUAAAGCUAAAACCAGCUCCACCUUGAGGUGGUACAACAGUAAUUUUCUGCUUACUUGUGUACCUGAAUCUUCUGUUCGUAACCAGGUUAAAAAUA